AUGCCCUGUGGAAGAGCUUCUCGGACCUCUAGCCAUAGCGAACAUCAGAGGGAUAGAAGGCGUCCUGAAAUUACAAUAGUUGCUGCUGAGCCCCUCCGGUCAUCCUCCUGGUUUCCAGGUGCAAGCCCUGUCACUCCUCAUGGAUUAGGAUUCCCUUCUGCUUCAUCUCAUGCUCAGUGGAGGAGAAAUGAGCAUAUUCCAGCUGAGCUUCCACCAUCAUAUGAGCAGGUGAUAAAAGAAAUCAAUCAAGUGCAAGUCAAUACAACAAAUAACAAUAAUGCUGCUGCUCCUAGACAUACCACUACUUCUGCAACACAAACUGACUUUCCAGAAGAACUAAUCAGUCAUUUGCCAGGAAAUAAUGUAAAAACUGGUGUGUCUACAUACUGGGAACCUGCAGGCUAUGCAGGGCAGAGUCCUCUUAAACCUCCUAGGCCUCCUGCAUCUCUCCUGAAUAGGUCGUCUUCAGAAAAUGAGAAUCCCUUAAUAGGCUUUGAAAUUUCUGAAGGUCAGAGGUGCCAAGAGAAUCCCAAUGCUGUGGUAUGUCCUGUGCCAAAGCCAAGAUCAAGAAGCAAUCUCAGACCUGUGGUCAGAAAUACUGAAAGUAAGAUAGACAAUGGAGAAGAAGUGAACCAAUCAACCACAAAAAGGCAGCAACCUUCAAUUCAGCAGUCACCUCUCUUGGAUGACUGCUUACUAGACAAUCACUUGGCAAUGGACAGCAUGAAUACAGAGAAGAGCCCAAGUAGUAUUGUUUCAAGGAUCAAAGUUUUUGAGUCCCAAGGAACUAGUGAUACCUCAGGGUUAUCAAAAAAGCCAGAAAUUGCCCCUCGUUCAUUCCCUCCAAGAGCUGUUACUGCAAAGAAGCCAGUAGUUGCUCCAAAGCCAGGGGGGGGCAGAAUUUCAGAAGACUGGGAUGCGUGGACAGAAAGCAAACCAACACCUUCCAAGGAACUGCAGCCUCAACCUGAAGCAGCUGGGAGCAUUGUUGUAACCAAACCUGAACUGCCAAAGAAGCCAAAACCUGGCCUUGUUAAAAGUAGUAGUAGUGAUUUUCUUGAUGCAGGGAGUGGAUCGGUUGCAGAGAACAGCGAUGGACAAAAGAAAUUUCCUAUUCCUGCUCCAAGGCCUCUCAUUCCCAAAAAGUCACCUUAUGCAGAAAAUCCUGCCCUUUCUUUGGCCUCACUAAAACCUAUUGCUGUUCCUCCACGGGCUUCUGUAUCUGCCCAAGAAAAAGUUUUCAAGUCUCUGGGGGAGUUAUCGCCUGCAGCCAACUCCUCAGCGUCUGCUUUGCAAAACAAGCUAGAUGUGGAAGGAGAUCUGAUCAGUUUUGAUGAUGACGUUUUGCCUCUAAGUCCAGCUUCUGUAGUGAACGAUAGCAUCAGUUCUGAAGCAGCAGCAG